CGGUCAACCUCAAGAGCUGGUGGUGGUGCCGUGGUCGCCCCUUCAUUAAAAAGCAAUAGAAACUAGAAGAGGAAAUCAACAAACAACUUUUCACGGUUCGUGUAUUUUUCCAGAACCGUUUUCCUCUACGCACUAAGCAAUAGAAGCUGCACGGGUUAGUUCCGGCGUAGGACGGAAGCUUUCACUUUUUAAACGAGCAUCGUGUACGGCCACGUUUCAAACGACGCACCAUGGCAGGCACCAAGAAUCCAUUCCAGAACCUGCUGAAGGAGAUCAACGUGAAUGGCGAGACAUUCCACUACUAUGAUAUCGCCUCAUUCCCCGAGUAUCGUGAAUUGCCGUACAGUGUGCGCGUGCUGCUGGAAUCGGCCGUCCGGAACUGUGACAACUUUCAAAUCCACGAGAAGGACGUCCGUGGAAUACUGGGCUGGAAGGGGACCAAGGGUACGCCCCGGAGCGAGACCGAACUGGAGAUUCCGUUCAAGCCGGCCCGUGUUAUCCUGCAGGAUUUUACCGGUGUACCGGCGGUCGUCGAUUUUGCGGCCAUGCGCGAUGCCGUGCUGCGGCUCGGAGGUGACCCAAACCGUAUCAAUCCGAUCUGUCCGUCCGAUCUGGUGAUCGAUCAUUCGGUGCAGGUGGACUUUGCACGCACCGAGGAUGCCCUGGCAAAGAACCAGGACCUAGAGUUCGAGCGUAACCGGGAACGGUUCACCUUCCUGAAGUGGGGUGCCCGAGCAUUCGACAACAUGUUGAUCAUUCCGCCGGGAUCGGGCAUUGUGCACCAGGUGAACCUGGAGUAUCUGGCACGUGUCGUGUUCCAGGAAGCGGCCGAUGCUAAACCGAUCCGGCUGCUCUACCCGGACAGUGUCGUCGGUACGGAUUCGCACACGACGAUGAUCAAUGGGCUCGGUGUGGUUGGUUGGGGUGUCGGUGGUAUUGAGGCGGAAGCGGUCAUGCUCGGUCAAUCGAUCUCGAUGCUACUGCCCGAGGUGAUCGGAUACCGGCUAGUCGGUAAGCUGAACCCACUCGUCACCUCGACCGAUCUCGUGCUCACGAUAACGAAGCAUCUCCGUCAGAUCGGUGUUGUCGGCAAGUUUGUGGAGUUCUUCGGCCCGGGUGUCACCGAACUAUCGAUCGCUGACCGUGCGACGAUCAGUAACAUGUGUCCGGAGUAUGGUGCUACGGUCGGCCACUUCCCGGUCGAUGCGAAUGCCCUGGACUAUCUUCGCCAAACGAAUCGUGGCGAGGAACGUGUUCAGACAAUCGAGGCUUAUCUGCGCGCAACGGAACAGUUGCGUGACUUCGGCAAUGCGGAACAGGAUCCCGUCUUUACGCAGCUGGUCGAGCUUGACCUUUCGACGGUCGUAACGUCCGUUUCGGGACCGAAACGUCCUCACGAUCGUGUUGCCGUGAGUGAAAUGCAACAGGACUUCCGCCAGUGUCUGUCGGCGAAGGUUGGCUUCAAGGGUUUUGCCAUUCCAUCGGCCGAACUCGGUGCCACCGGUAGCUUCAGCUGGACCGAUGGUAAAACGUACGAACUGCGGCACGGUUCCGUCGUGAUCGCGGCCAUCACUUCCUGUACAAACACGAGCAACCCUUCGGUAAUGCUCGGUGCCGGUUUACUGGCCCAACGGGCCGUUGCAGCCGGUCUGAAGGUGGCACCGUACAUCAAAACCUCGCUAUCGCCCGGCAGUGGCGUCGUGACGUACUAUCUGAAGGAAUCCGGUGUCAUUCCGGCGCUCGAGGAACUCGGUUUUAAUGUCGUCGGAUACGGGUGCAUGACGUGCAUCGGCAACUCGGGCCCCCUGGACGACAAUGUGGCGAAUACGAUCGAGAAGAACAAUCUCGUCUGCUGCGGAGUGCUGUCCGGUAAUCGGAACUUUGAGGGACGCAUCCAUCCGAACACGCGCGCUAACUAUUUGGCCAGUCCGCUGCUCGUGAUCGCUUACGCACUGGCCGGUACGGUCGAUAUCGAUUUCGAGCGUGAACCGCUCGGUAAGCGCCCGGACGGAUCGGACGUGUUUCUGCGUGACAUUUGGCCAACGCGUCAGGAGAUUCAGGCCGUCGAGCGUGAGCACGUCAUACCGGCCAUGUUCCGGGAUGUGUACGCGAAGGUUGAGCUCGGCUCUCCCUCCUGGCAGGGCCUACAGGCACCGACGGGUAAGCUGUACCCGUGGGAUACCGCGUCGACCUACAUCAAGCAUCCACCGUUCUUCGAGGGAAUGACACGUGAAUUGCCCGUCCGUGGGGCGAUCGUUGGUGCACGGGCGCUCCUUAAUCUGGGUGAUUCCGUGACAACCGAUCACAUCUCCCCAGCUGGUUCGAUCGCACGCAAUAGCCCUGCUGCAAGGUAUCUAUCGGAGCGCGGACUUACACCGCGUGAGUUUAAUUCGUACGGUUCCCGGCGUGGUAAUGAUGCGAUCAUGGCCCGUGGUACAUUCGCUAACAUCCGGCUCGUGAACAAGCUGGUGGGAGGUGUGGCAGGACCCCGUACACUACACAUUCCCAGCGGUGAAGAGAUGGAUGUGUUCGACUGUGCCGAACGGUACCGCACCGAGUCUACACCGUUGAUUGCGCUCGUUGGAAAGGAUUACGGUAGCGGAUCGAGCCGUGAUUGGGCAGCGAAGGGCCCGUAUCUGCUCGGUAUCCGGGCGGUGAUUGCGGAAUCGUACGAGCGGAUCCAUCGGUCGAAUCUCGUCGGUAUGGGCAUCGUACCGUUGCAGUACCUCGAUGGGCAGAACGCGGAAAGCCUCGGGUUGACGGGCCGGGAGCUGUUCAAUGUGGCCAUUCCCGACGGGUGCCGGCCGCACGAUCGCAUUACCGUUACCACCGAUGGCGGUUUGUCGUUCGAGGUGAUCGUACGCUUCGAUACGGAGGUCGAUCUGGAGUACUAUCGCAACGGAGGCAUCCUGAACUACAUGAUUCGCAAAAUGAUUGAUUAAAUCGUUUAAACCCCAAGCAAGGGGUGAUGGUGGUGGUGAGGGAGUGCGUGUCAUUUUUACUCUUUUUUUUACAUUUACUCAUGAUCAAAUAUUAUACUGCAAGCGGCGGCAGCCAGAGGCAAUAAAAGAAUGAAUGCGUGGUGGUUAUUACACUUUUGAAG